AUGGAGCAAGAUUCCCUGGUCAAGGUAGCCAAGGAAAUCCUUGCGCACACACGGACCCUCUCGGAGAUUUUAUCGACUCGAGGAUUAGCUCCGCCGCCUGGUAUUGAUGUUGACUCUACAUCCGACCUGUGGACGACUCAUGACACCAAGAUUGAUAAUCUCCGUUCCACCAUUGUCGGCCUUGCGCAAAACAUGACCACCCUGCUCCAGGGGCCCCACGAAUUCCUCCAUGAAUAUGUGUCUCGGAACUGGGAGCACGGAGCUCUUUACGCUCUGCUCGAGUUUGAUGUAUUUGAGAAGAUACCCAUUUCUCCGGGAGCUGCAGUUCCCAUUGAGAAGCUUUCAUCGCAGACCGGCAUGCCUAAAGACAAACUACUCCGUGUUUGCCGGCUGAUAGCAACAACCGGGAUCCUGCUGGAACCAGAAGAGGGGAAGUUCGCCCAUACUGCCAUUUCACGAGAGCUGGUUGAGGACCAAGGCUACAAGAGCUUCAUUGGCUUUCAGCUGUUCGAGACGAGGGUCGCCAGCGCUCAUCUGGCGGAUUCCUUGCACGAGUCCAAUCCGUUCUGGACCGGAAGGUCUGCAUUUGAGUUCGCAACCAAGUUCUAA